AUGAACACAUCCAAUUCUUGCACACUUUUUGUUGCCGAAGUUCGUGGAAGUCGAACUUGCUCGGUUUGCAGGUGAAAUUUCAGACCUAUUGUCAGUUUGGAAAUCUGAAUUCGAAUUUUUUGCAGGUGCGAUAUCUCGGCUCAUACAACCAAUGCGAUUUUUGUGACGCCGGAGAGGAUUUUUUCGAAGAUGCCGCAACCUGCUGCAUCGCCAUUUGCGGCCAGUAGAAAUGCCAGCUUUUCGAAGUGAGUCUAGGGGAUUUCGGGAAAAAAUUAUUUCAAAAUUUGCCACGUGGAUUUUUAAAAUUUCAAAAUAGUUUGGGUCAAUCUAAUCAAAAUAUCUGGGGAUUUUUUUUUUGGAAAAAAAACAACUUUUCCUGACAAUUUUUCCAAGAUGAAAAUACAGUAUCAGUAAAUUUUCAUCUGAAAUUUGAGCAAUAAAAAUUCUAGAAUUUUGCCACGUGGAUUUUUGGAAUCUGAAACUAUUAUUAUAUUCUUCAAGAAAACAAAUUUCGAGGAUAAUUUUUUUGAAAUUUUUUUCCGGAACGAUAAUUCCUGAAGUUUUUCCACGUGGAAUUUCAAGAUGAAAAAUUGGAAUCUGUAAAUUUUCAUCUGAAAAACUCUAGAAAAAAUAUAGAUCAAGAAACUUCAUCAAUUUUGCCACGUGGAUUUUUGGAAUCUGAAACUAUUAUUAUAUUCCUCAAGAAAACAAAUUUCAAGGAUAAUUUUUUUGAAAUUUUUUUUUUGAAAGAUAAUUUCUGAAGUUUUGCCACGUGGAACUUCAAGAUGAAAAAUUCCAUCUGAAGUUUGAGCAACAAAAAUUCUAGAAAAAAUUUAGAUAAAAAAUUUCAUGAAUUUUGCCACGUGGUUUUUUGCUAUGAUUUUUUUAAACUUAUUUUUAGUUUCCAAGUGGCUUUUGUUUCUAAAUAUUUUUUUGUAAAUUUCCCAGAUCCUAGAAAAAAAUCUUGAAAAUUUGAAGUUAGGUCAGACUUCCAAACAUUGUCUUCUGGAUUUCGAAUUCUAGGCAACGCUCAGACUUCCAGCCUCAAAUGUGAAAGGUUCAGAAUUUUCAGUUUGAGAUCAGGCUCCUGUUUUCAGGCUGUUUUCUCCAACUUUCUAAAUUUUCAAAUAAAUUUUUGAGAAGCUUCCGAAAAAAUUAAGAUUGACAUGCUCUUCCAAAUGAGCACAGCUUAUUUUUUGCUCAGACUCCACUGAAGCUUUUAGGGUCAGAUAUCUUCUGGGUCUCAAAUCCAACUUUCAAGCUAAAUCAAAUGAUAUCAUGCUUUCCAAACAAAAAACCAAUCAAUAAACAUUUAUCCUCUUAUCCAUCUAAAAAAGCAACACACACUGGCAAAAAAUAUAAUAUAAUCACUCUAAAUAUUUGCGCAAUUCAUUAAUAUUUAUCCAUUCGAUUCGAUUCAUUUUGACAUCCGCCUUUUUUCUCACAGAUCUCAAUCAUUUUUUAAAAAAGCCAGCCAUUUUUUUUCAAAAAUUCCUUAUUUGAUCAAGGUUAGGUUAGGCGUAUUCAGGUUUUCCUUAUUUGCUUGUUUACUUAAAAAUUCGGGUUUUCCUUUUUUGCAGAAUGAACAAUAAUUUGGCGCCGAAUUCGACGCAACACGUGGCAAUGUCUGAAAAUUCGGCUUUCAAAAUUUAUUCGCCGGUGAGUUCAAAUUUUCUUUCUUACAUCAUAAAUAUUUACAUACACACACGUACGUAGUACAUAACUCUUGAUAAACAACUCGUUCAGUCUCGAGUGUCUGUGCUCUUGCGGUGCUCUUUUUGGGGAGUACUGUAGUUGAAUAGCUCAUUUUUUGUGGUAUAUUGCAGGAUUCGAAACAGACGACACCGCCAGCUGCGGAGCACGUGAUUAUACGUCCCGAACCGCGGUUCGCUUUGGCGCCUAUUCUUCCGCGGGUUGGUUUGGGGGACGGGAAGGGUUUUGGGCUCGAUCUUGGGCCCGCUUAUUUCAAAAAUCUGGGCCUUAUAGGCCUGGUUUAGGCCUAAUAGUUUUGUGAGGCUUAAAAAAUAGAUGGAAAAUAAUUUUUUAGAGCAAAAGUUCCAAAUUUUGAGCCCCAAAUUUGAAAUUUGAAAUUUUCAGUUAAGAAAAAGGUUUUAAAGCUUUUUAAUUUAAUUUUCAGCUAAAUUUCAUUUUAAGGAAAAAUAUUCAUGUUUUUUUCUAAAAUUUCCUAAUUGUUGAAAAUAGAAUUUUUUCAAAAAUUUUGAAAGUUGAUUGAAUUUUCAGAGGUUCAGAACUUCAAAAUAUUUUUUUUAAAUUUCAAAACUCCAAAAAAAAGUUUUUUUUUUGGUAAAAGUUUUCAAAUUAAUUCAGAAAUUUUAAAGUUUUUUUUUUAAAAUCUGAACUUAAUUUUUGAAAAUCAAUGUUUUCAAAAUUUUUCAAAGUUGAUUGAAUUUCCAGAAUUUCAAAAGAAUUUUUUUUUUGAAAUUUUAAAAGUUCAAAAAUAGAGUUGUUUUUUGGUGAAAGUUUUCAAAUUAAUCCAGAAAUUUUAAAGUUUUUCUAAAUCUGAACUUAAUUUUUUUGAAAAAAAAAAGUUCAAAAAUAGAGUUGUUUUUUUUCAAAAAUUUUCAAAUUUGAUUGAAUUUUCAGAGUUUCAAAAGAAUUUUUUCAAAAGUUUUUUGAAAAAUUAAUAUAUUUUUUCAACAAAACUUUCAAAUCUCAAAUAUUUGAUUUUUUUCUGAAAAUCUGACAGUUUUCAAAACAAAUAUCUAACAAUAAUUUUUUUUCUCAAAAAAAUCCCUUCAAAUAAAUUUCGAGGUGACCUAUGACGUGGCAAUUAGCAAAUAAAAAUCUUCAUUUUCAUUUUGAAUUUAUUUCCAGCAAGAAGGUUCCGAUUCGAACAUCUCGAAACGUAUUCAAAGUAAACGUCGCGAGCGGCCGCGCAGUGUUGGACUACUAGAUUUAGGGUAAGUCCCAAAAACAUUUCCCUCAAAAAAACUGGUCUAAACUUGGAAACGGCUGAUAUUUAUUCAUGUAUGUAUAACAUGUCUCAUAUGAUAGCGAGAAUUUCUGCGAAAUUGUGUAAAUAUUAAGAGCAAAAGCGCAAGUUGCGCCAAUUUGCUUUGAAACUUAUUAUUUUGUGUGAUAUAUUAAUCGCUUACGUUUCCCGAUUUUCUCUUUUCCAGAAGUUUUCACCGACUUUCGCAACUUGGCGGAUCUCCUGAAGAAGAAGAAGAGGAGGAAGAAGAACCCGAGCUUAUAGCUCAAGCUGAAACUCAAAAUCGCGCUGAAAAACGCUCAAAAGACUUCAAACGCAUCUUGCAACGGUUUCAGGUGAGCAACAGUUUUAUAUUGGAAAAAACACACCCGGCUUCACAUGGCUUCCGUAGCGCAGUAGGCAGCGCGUCAGUCUCAUAAUCUGAAGGUCGUGAGUUCGAGCCUCACCGGGAGCAGUUUUUGCAAAAAUUCUUUUUUUUUUGAAAAAAGUAGAUUUUUGAUUUAUUGAUAAAACUAGAGAAUUUUUUGAUAAAGAUAAGAUGAUAUCAAAUAAUUUUUUUAGUGUUUGUACAAGCAGAACACAAUGUUCAGCUAUCCAAAAGUUUUGAUUUUGAAAGAUAGGCUAACUCAAAAUUUGGUCGAGAUUAUUGAACAACAUUUUUUUUUCACAUCAAACAAACAUGUUUACAAAACCAAGCUACAUAUUUUUUGAAGGUUUUCAAAAAUACUGUGUAGGAAGAUAUACAUUUAAGAUGAGCCCAGAGGCCUGAAAGGCCAGAGGCCCAAGCCUAGGCCUACCUUCCUAGGUCUAUUCCACAUAUCUCACCCCCGCACAACAAUGUUAUUGUACAAAAAUACCUGGCAACAUUCCAAAGUAGAGUACCAGUAGUUAAAACAACAAAACACACGCAAACAUUUUUCACUUCAAGAGCUUUUCUCCCCCGCUCGCGCUAAAAUUGUAGUUCAUUUUGUUUUCCAACCAAAAAAAAUUUCGAUUUUUCAGUCGGCUGAAAGUAAAACAUCAAUGUCGCCGCCAGUUGGGUGAGUUGAACAUUUUGCGAUUUUUUUGAGCUCCAGAAAAAAGUUCUGCACCAGAGAUAUCACAUACAACAUUCAUAACACAUGUUUACUCUUCUGACUCCACCCUUCAUUCCCCCCAAAAAAAUCCACUUGACAUCUACUCUCUAUCUUGUGUGUGUAUGUGUAUGUUUUUUGACAUCUUCCUCGAGUUUUUUUUUGCCCCGCGAGAGUUGAACGACAUAUUAUAGUAUUACUAGACGAGCGAUAUCAAUUUUGAAAAUAUUAUUAUCAUGGUUCUGUUUAGAUGGUCGCAAAAAGUUGGCGGUGGAUCGCAGGAAUCCUGGUCGACGCCGAAUCGAAGUAGUUUGAACUCGAAUUAUCGGUGAGUGGGGGGAGAGGCUUCAUAAGGGCUGCUUGGACCACUGGUACUCUUAUGAGCUAGUCAGCCCGGAUCAAAUUUUGUAAGACCGAACUCGGAGGGAGGGGGGUUAACCUUAGGGGCAUUUUUGAAGAUAGGGCACUUAAAUUUUGUAAAUUUUGGAGUAUUUCAUGCUUUUAGAGGCGAAAAGCCCACAAAAAUUUGGUCAGGGGGUUAACUUUUCGAAAAUUUUGCAUGGAAGGGGAGGGGGGGGGGUUAACUCAGAAGUUCUCAGGGGUCGUCGAACCGAUUAGUUCAAUCUAUAUGUGUGAGGGGAUUUCGUGCUAAGAGUUCAAGAGAUUUAACAAGAGACCUACAUUAGGGUGAUAAGGGGUUUCGAAAUAAGGGAAGUACAGUCUUAUGUAACUCGACGAGCUGAUCAAGAUGCCGCAAAAAUCAGCUGCUGAGAUUCAGUCUGAGCCGCGCAAAUCAGCUUUUGAAAAUUAACGCAAUUUUUCAUGUGAAAACGUGAAAAUUUUUGACUCAAAUACCCAAAACUUACUUAUUUCAUUUGAAAAUUGAGAUUUUCUGAGCUUUGGAGCUCAUUUGCGUGGUUCAGAGUGGAGCUCAGCAGCUAAUUUUUGCGGCAUUGUGAUUAACUUACCUUAUUUCAAAAACCGUUAUCACCCUAAUGCAAGUCCCCAAUCAAAAGUUGACUCUUUUUUUCCAGAGACAGCCCAGCCGGUUCUCGCAACACAUCAGCUCGCUCGCGCCUCAGCGCCUCAUCCGCCGCGCAGAGCCCCCACUGCUUCCUGCCAACCACCCGCGACUCAUCACCUCGCUCCAUCCCCAGCCCAUCGAUGGUCCCAAUGCGCCCCGACAGCAACAGCUCACCCGACAUCACCAUCAACGAUUUGCACCACUCUCCAUUGAGUCAUACCGGUUCGACACCCGAGCCAACUCCGAUAACACCAGUGAAAGUGCCAUCGAGAAGAGCGUCGUAUACCCCGGGUUAUUCACCGCACGACAUUUAUUCACCAACCACACGCUGGGUUAAGGAGACUGAUGUUGAUGAUCCGUUGGCUAUUCCGACUAUGAGCCCCAUUGGAUCUUCAGCAGGACUUUCGGAUCAUCAUAUAAUCCUGCCGUCUUUGCGAAGUGCCCCAAUGUCUAAAAUGCCGAGCGUUGAGAGACUCGGAAAUCAAUCAAUCCGCGGGUAUAACAAUCGCAACUGCCGACGAACUGUUCUAGACAAUCGAACAGCUGAUCAAUCACCCAAUGGAAUCUACGUUAGACGAAGUCGAUCAAAAGAUGAUCGGCCAUCUCUAAGCUAUCUGUCUUUCGAUCAACAUCACCAAGGUAUCUAUUUACCUAUGAUCACUAAUCCUUACACUUUUUUUACAGAUCUCCCAACUCGUGCACUCUUCAUGUCUGCUGAAAGUAUCGCGCAUAGCAGUUCAUCACCAAUGACAUCACCGGUCAACAUUCCGACACAAGUUUUGACAAGUGGAAGUACUCGACAGAGUUCGAACAAUUUGAUGGGCGCUGAUGAAUCGCAUAAGCAUUUUCAACAGAUUUCAAUGUCCCACGUGCACACACUGAACAUCGUCGCAGAUAAAUUGUCGGAAGACUGUAGACGCGGUGACGAGCCGGUGAGCCGCAAUCGCUUGGCUCAGCUGGAUUUUGGAAGUUUUUGCAUCAGCUCGCCGCAUCCGAUUCUCACCAAGGGCAAAUCGUUGUUUUAUAAUGGAUAUUUGCCGAGGCAGGGGUUGCCGGAUUAUCCGGUUACUUUGAUGGUGAGUGGGAGGGAUCUAGCAAGACCCCAGGGGGUGAACACUUCGAAAAUCCCAGGGUGCACAACUCAGCCUAAACAUAGUGGCUCUGUUCGGAAAUAAAGGGUUUUAGAGAAAAUAAAGGGUUUUUCAGAAAAUAAAGGGUUUUUCAGAAAAUAAAGGGUUUUUCAGAAAAUAAAGGGUUUUCCCGAAAAUAAAGGGUUUUUCCGAAAAUAAAGGGUUUUACAGAAAAUAAAGGGUUUUUCAGAAAAUAAAGGGUUUUUCCGAAAAUAAAGGGUUUUUCCGAAAAUAAAGGGUUUUACAGAAAAUAAAGGGUUUUAGAAAAACAAAAAGGAUUUAUAGGGGUAAAAAUAUCUGAAAAAGAAAAGUAAUUUUUGUCUAUUGGAAAUUUACUAAGCCUAAGCCUUUAUUCCAGAGCUGCACAAACAUAAAAAUUGAAUUUUUAAAGCUUUCCUAGCAUUCAAAGCUUAGGCUUAGUGAGCUCCUGUAAACUACAGAUCCACAUCAAGUUAAGAAAUUUCAGUCAGAUAAUAGAUAGUUGAUAAAAUUGACUAACUUUUGGACUUGUUAUUGGGGAGUUCUUUUUACUUUUUCGGGCUCUUGAAACCAUUUUUUCUUGAAAAACCCUUUAUUUUCGGAAAAACCCUCUAUUUUCUGAAAAACCCUUUAUUUUCUGAAAAACCCUUUAUUUUCUGAAAAACCCUUUAUUUUCUGAAAAACCCUUUAUUUUCUGAAAAACCCUUUAUUUUCUCUAAAACCCUUUAUUUCCGAACAGAGCCAACAUAGUUAUGAUGUGGUGAAUUCUGAGUUGACAGAGUUGUUCAGCGGGUUCAUCUAAGAUUUGAACAGUCUGUGCAACAAAAAAAUUUAAUUUUUUUUUAUUUUUUAUUUUUCAAAAAUAAAAUUUUUUUUUUUCAAAAAUUAAAAUUAUAAAAAAAUGAAUUUUUUUUCGAAUUCAAAAUUUUGAGCAUCGGAAUUUCCAACGAGACAAAAUGGAAAUUUUUCCGAAAAUCUUUUUAAAAAAAGUUCUGAACUUAUCAAAUAGACCCUGCUGAACAACGCGAACAAACUGAAUUCAAAAAAUAUUAUCUCUGUUCGACAACUUUGCCACGUCAUAACUAUGUUUAGGGUAAGUGUUCUUCCCUAUUUGAACUGCCAAAGUCUCCAGUAAGGGAUUUGAAGUUGCCAAGCGAACACUCUGGAGAUAUCCACUCACCCUGUCUUCUCCUAUGGAUUUUGACCAAAUUCAAUUUUUCGCAGAUCGCACCAUGCUCCCAAUACGCCCCACUCAUGCGAAAAUCCGAAUCCAACCACUUCGCCCUUCCCGGUUUCCUCGAAAUCGAAGAUCACGACGGUGCCAUUCGUCAGUUCCUCUACGACACCGGCACUCAAAACCUCGACGGUCGAAACACCAAAAUCAUCGCAAUGCCCCGCCUCAACCUCUGCUCAUUCCACAGUCUUGCCGCCCACCAACUCAAUCAACGUAUGGAUCGAACACAUCACGAAGAGCUCGUCUCUUUCAUCUUGCUGCAAUUGCUGCAAGCGCUGAAAAUGCUGCAAGGCGAAGGAGUUGAAUCAUUGAGCACCAACUUCAAGGAAUUCUUGUUAGCUUAUCGGUAUCAGAAUUCGAAUGCCGUGUAUAAUGAGUUCCCCAGAUUGCUGUUUUUGCCAGAGACUUUGGGUGCGGAGAUUGAAAGUGGAGGGGAUGAAUUAGUCGGGUUAUGCAGGUAUGCGUUAAGAGCUCUGUGCACCUUAUUACAUCACAAGAUGGAUGGAAGAGCACCGACGAUUAAGUUAAGGUAACUAAGUUCCCUACACAUCAUCUCAAAUACCUCUUUUGUUAAGAUCACGGUUCUCCCGAGCCCUAGCAGCGUGCGCUCUCCUCCUCCAAGAAGACAAAUCGAGCAGUCUAACCAAAGCCAAGAAUGUGCUCGAGCUCACGCUCUGGUCAUCCGGUGAGCACUUCAAAACCGACCAGGAAGCUCGCGCUUGGAUCGACACGGCUCGCGCAGAAUGUGUGGAUAGUCUCGUCCGACAGCUGAUCAACGAGCCGAGUCGGAAUCUGGGAGCGCGGGAACGAUUUAGAAUCGAGUUCUUGCUGAGCGCCACACCACGAUCUAUCAUGGAAGCCCAGAAAUCCACGUUGACUGCAAAUGUGAAUUAA